AUGAAACACAGCAUUCUAGAAAAUAUAUUCAUAUUUGAACAGACUGCAACAGCGAUAUUCAUCACUUUGAAUAUAGCAGCUCAAACAACUCCUGCAACCCUUACUCCUCUGGUGCUCCCUAAACACUGGAGUGAUGAAGCGCCAUGCAAAAAACGAGAAGACUAUCUGGAAUGGUCAGAAUAUUUUAUGGCUGUUGCUUUUCUAUCAGCGCAAAGAAGCAAGGACCCAAACUCACAAGUUGGAGCAUGUAUUGUGAACUCUGAAAACAAGAUUGUUGGCAUAGGAUACAAUGGGAUGCCAAAUGGUUGCAGUGACGAUCUUUUACCUUGGGCAAGAAAAGCAUCAAAUAAACUGGACACCAAAUAUUUGUAUGUUUGCCACGCGGAAUUAAAUGCAAUUCUGAACAAGAACUCUGCCGAUGUGAAGGGAUCCACAAUGUAUGUGGCCUUGUUUCCCUGUAAUGAAUGCGCUAAACUCAUCAUCCAGUCAGGCAUAAAGAAAAUUAUUUACAUGUCCGAUAAGUAUUGUGAAAUGGCAGAAAUGAAGGCCUCCAAGCGUCUUUUAGAUAUGGCUGGUGUAGAAUGUAGUCCAUUUACUCCGAAGCACAGAAAGAUUGUCAUCGAUUUUGAUUCAAUAAACAAGAUUGAAAAUCGUGACAUAACGUGCUCCACUGCCCCUGGGUGUUCCCACUGAAGCCUCAAAUCCUCCACUGCGGAGAAACUCAAUUGCUCCUUUUUAUAUCUUGAAUUGUAUUUUUAAAAAAAAGUUUAAAUGUUGGGUUAGGACUAAACUGCUGUUAGAUGUACGUAAGGUACUGUAAUGUGCUUUUUGUUUCCACAACAAGAAUUUCUUUCAUACAAUAUUGUUAACAGAAGGGGUGUGAGAGGAAACUCUGUGAGAUUUAUUUUUGAAGCUUGUUUUAGAAAGAAUUCUACAGAGGCAAAUGUUAUUGGAGGAGGGUGUUACAUGUUGCAUAUUUUUUAAAACAAAUGUAUUUGCUAAAACAAGCAAAAAGCACUCCGGGACACUGCCCUGCAUGAGGGGUGCUAUAUACAUGUAAGUUGUUGUUGUAUACACUUUGGUUGCUUAGGAAUUGUAUGUGGGAAAUUUUGUUUUCGUUUACUUACAUUUGACUUGUGGGAAUAAAAUACAGGUGGAGAUAAAA